UAUGAAUAUAAUAAUAUUAUAUUUAAGCAAUUUUUAUUUUCUUGGAAUGUAAUCAAAGUACAGAUUGGGUGAAACUUAUAUACAAGAUGUUUCAAGCAUAAUAUGAUUUAUCAUUCUUCCCUUUAUUAAAAAGCUUCGAAUUCCUAUUUGGAUAUAAUAUAUUAUAUCGAGAUACAGUUUUGUGUUUAUCCAAGUAAUUUUUAUUUUCUCGACAGAGAAUCAAGUUUCACCCAAUUGCCAACAUUCCGGUUGCUAACGCUCUAUAUGUAAGGUGUUUAUAACAUAGAUUGACUUAUUUUCUCUCUUUAUUGCAAAACUUUGUAUUUUUCCAUAUGCAUGUAACCCAGUUUUGUGUUGGCCGAAAAAACGAUAGAUUUUUGUUUCGCAUUCAUUUUAUAUACAUAUAGAGUACGCGGUUUUUCCUCUGUCAGUGCGUUCGCACGUGGGUCGUGGGUGAUUUCCGCGAAGAUUGCACGUCAGCAUAGCCGACGUGUAUCGAUCCUACUGUAAAUUUCCAGUUAGUGGCAACCCUCCACCACACAGACUGCGUGCGCACCCCCUGCGAACUCACCGUGUGUUCAUCGAGAACCUUAGUCUACUCUACAAGGUCGGGGGAAGUGUUUUGGUAAUUAAACAAGAGGGUCCUGAUCGCGUUGACUUUUUCACCUGCUCCUGUUCAUUCAGCUUAUCCUCAAACACCAAUUAAAGAAGCACCAAAGCCCCAUCCAGGGGCUCGAGGAAUUAUAGCCGAAGGAAAAGGAAAGAGAAAAAAGGUUGCCUUGUUUUAAACAACACCACUAACUAGGGGUGAAUAUCGUUUACCAGACCAAAAGAUACAUUCGUUCUCCAUUCAGUGGAGGAGCAGGUGAAUCUGGUGUGAAGAGGAACCGAGAAAAAGGCUCGAGGGAUCGUCGACGAUCAGAAGAGAAGAGACCAAAGUACAAGUAAACCACGCGCGACCAACCAAGUAACAUAAUCCAAUGUAUUACGGUCCCCCCGGUUCCGCCGAGGAAGCCGCCGAGGAAACAUGUCGCUACCACGGGAAUGGAGCUUUCAGGAUGCGUGUCGGGCGUCGAGCCUCCUGGCGGACGCCGACGUCGGCGUCGUCGCAACGGCAGUGUCGUCCCAGGAGAUGGUCAUCGCGGGCAGCAGCACGGUCAUCGACGAGAAUAUGAAUGAUCAACCGGCGACGCAGCUAGGCUCGCUGUUCUCUAUCCAUUCAGCACCGGUGUUCGACCUGAGUGGCGUCGCCACCGGGGCACCGUCGCCGAAGCGACCAGGAUCCUUGGCGGUCCAGGCGACGGCGACGUCGACCCCAGUUGUGCCGCCGCAUCUGCAGAGUCCUGAAGGCACCUUCAUCGAGGACGAAGACAAUGACAACUUGCUGACGAUAUCCAGCCUCACUGCCCGGCCGCUCAUCGCUAAAUCUAGGGAGCUCAGGUCCGUCAAGUGUAUAGCCCCAAAAGGAGAAAAUCCCGACAGAAAAACGAGAGCAGGAAACCCCGAAAUACUACGUAUGUUCCCCUGGAUGGUGGUUACGGCUGGGUGGUGGUGUUCGGCGCCUUCUUCGUGCAGUUUUGGGUGACCGGGUUAGUCAAGUCUUACGGUGUGCUCUACGUCGAGGUCAUGGAGACCUUCAAG